AUUGGGUCUAGCGUCGGGGGCCAUGCGCAUCACCAUUCGGUCGUUGAACGGUGAGAAUGCCGAGCUGGAUGUGGAGCCAGACACGACUAUCCUGGGCUUGCGACAAUUCGUGGAGGAUGCGUUGAAGAUUCCCGCCUUGGAGCAGCGCUUAAUCUACGCCGGGACGCAGUUGGAGGAACUUGUGACGCCCCUGUGGCGACAGCGUCGCAGCACUGGGGCCUUGGCAGCUGCAUUGGGUCUUGACAAACUGCCCGACGGUGCACCUUUGACUUUGGAGCACUAUGGCAUCCAGAAAGGCUCAGUCCUGAACGUUGUGCGCAAGGUUUCAAUCGACGCCACUCGAAGUGCCGCCUGUGCAGAGUCGCUGUCCCGUGUGAGCUUGCCGGGCCCGCCAGGUCCAGGUCCCACAGGCCCUCCGCCACGGCCGGGGGCGACAGGGCCAAGCUUGGCGCAACUCGAUGAGUUGAACGACUUGGAGCUCCUGGUACUACUGCGUCCGUUGCUGCGGAAACGCCCAACGCUGCGAGCAGCCCUCCUUGCAGAAGGUGACGCUGCACCUUACGGAGCAUCUGCGGGCCCCAUGGGCCCUGUGGGCUUUCCGGGCGCCAGUGGCAUGCAGGGCCCAUGGCAGCCAGGGGAGAGAUGCUUGGUUUGGUCCAACUCUGCACAACGAUGGUGUGAUGGUGAAGUUGUGCAGGUGGCCAAAGAACUGGUGGACGGCAAAAUCCCCGGUGGGUCUGUGGAGGUGUCCUUUGAGCUGGGACGGAAAUGGAUCGCUCCGCAGGACUUGGCCAAAGCGCUAAGGAGGUGAGACGUAACAAGAAUUUGCUCACCCCGUUCACAUCCCCAACACAUCUUUGACAUGUCCCCGACAUGUCCUGAACGUAAACGUCAAACCGUGUCGCAGCGUCGGAUCCUGACGCCGCAGCCAGCUGAAUAAAAAA